UGCCAUCCCACCGCUCACUACAGAGUUGGCCGAUUAACUAAAGAUAAUCUUAGAUUGACAAAAAAACCUCACUACCAAACAUGUCCCCUUCUCCUUCGACUCGAUGGUGUCCCACCCCUGAGCAGCUCAUGAUACUGGAGGAACUGUACAGAAGAGGGUUGAGGACACCCAAAGCCUCCCAGAUACAGAAGAUCACUGCCCAUCUCUCCUUUUAUGGCAAGAUUCAAGGCAAAAACGUGUUUUACUGGUUCCAGAAUCACAAGGCCAGAGAUAGGCAAAAGCUGAGGAAGAAACUCGCCAAGCAACUGCACCAACACCACCUGCUCCAACAGCAGCAACUUUACCACCACCACCAACAGCAACAACUUCACCCCCAAACGCAGUAUAACACUCAUACAAUUCUUGAUUUCCAGUCACCCAAUUCACCCUUUCAUCACUACUCCAGUAUUUGCUACUCCGCACAAAAUCUUCAUGCACAGGGUGGUGGAGUUUGUGAGGAGGUCCCAGAAGAAGUGAUGAGGCAGACAUGGAAGGCAGAUCUUCCAAAAGAUUUCUUGAUGAGAACGUAUGGCCAUGAUCCAGUGAUGAUUAUGGACGUGGGUCCCACCUUCCCUUGCUGCAGGCCCAGUCCCAGGCCCCUU